UGUACACCGGUGACCAUAUUUAUAGUUCUUGAAACAUGGGUAGCCUUGACUUGACCUCAAGCGAUGAUUCUUCUUCAAACGAUUUUAAACCCUUAGACGUAGAAGAAUUUCGCAAACAAGCCCACCAAAUGGUCGACUUCAUAGCCGAUUACUACACCAAAAUUGAGUCCUACCCAGUUCUCAGCCAAGUACUACCUGGUUUUAUCCGGACUCGGUUGCCCCGUAUGGCUCCAUCACAAUCGGAACCUCUCGAAGCCAUUUACAAAGACAUUAACAGUAUCAUAAUCCCAGGCAUGACCCACUGGCUCAGCCCUAACUUCUUUGCAUUUUUUCCAGCUACCGUCAGCACCGCUUCCUUCCUCGGUGAAAUGCUCUGCACUGGUUUUAACGCCGUCGGCUUCAACUGGUUGGCAUCUCCUGCCAUGACGGAGCUCGAAAUGGUCGUCAUGAACUGGCUCGCCAACAUGCUCCAACUCCCAGAUACCUUCUUCUUUUCCGAAAGCGGAAAUGGUGGCGGCAUCAUACAGAACACAACGAGCGAAGCGAUCCUCGUGACCCUCAUUGCGGCACGUGACCAAGCGCUCGAGAGAAUCGGUGUCGACGACAUGCGAAACCUCGUCGUCUACAGCUCCGACCAGACCCAUUCGAUGUUCGCGAAGUCCUCCAAGAUUGCGGGAAUACUCCCCUCCAACAUAAGAACAAUCCCCACGAAUCUAGCUGGAAGUUUCUCCCUGUGCCCGGAGAAGCUCCGGCGGAUGGUACAGGAUGACGUAGCAAAAGGGUUGGUCCCUCUGUAUCUGUGCGCGACGGUAGGGACGACUUCAACGACUGCAGUUGAUCCCGUGGAGAUUCUAGCUGACGUGGCGACGGAUUACGGGAUGUGGUUCCACGUGGAUGCUGCGUACGGAGGGAGUGCGUGCAUUUGUCCCGAGUUCAGACACUACUUGAAUGGAAUCGAGCGAGUUGAUUCACUGAGUAUGAGCCCACAUAAGUGGCUACUCAGUUGCCUGGACUGUUGUUGCUUGUGGGUUAAGAGGUCUGAUGUGUUGGUGAAAGCUUUGAGUACGAAUCCCGAGUACUUAAGAAACAAACUCAGCGAGUCAGAUUCGGUGGUGGACUACAAAGAUUGGCAAGUGGGGACGGGUCGAAGGUUCAAGUCAAUCCGGUUAUGGCUGGUGCUGCGCUGCUACGGCGUUGAAAAUCUUCAGAACCAUAUUAGGUCCGAUAUUAGGAUGGCCCAACAGUUUGAAUGGCUGGUAAGGUCCGACCCGAGAUUCGAAAUCGUAGUGCCUAGACGUUUUGCGUUGGUGUGCUUCCGGUUAAACCCGAAUCCGCGAGAUGAGUUGGGUGAUACCGAGUUGUUGAACCGAAAGCUACUCGAUUGGCUCAACUCGACGGGAAUGCUUUAUAUGACGCACACAAGAGUCGGUGAGGUAUACAUGUUGAGGUUUGCUGUGGGGGCUACGCUUACAGAAGAGUGCCACGUCAUUGCCGCGUGGAAGCUGAUCAAAGAUGGAGCCGAUGAACUUCUUAACUCUUAAAACUGAAAUAAAGGGUGGAAAAACACAUUUUAUUUUUAUUUCUGUUUGAUAUAAGGUAGUCUAUAUUAUUGGGUCGUUAUUGGCUUUGACUUUAUUGCUUUGAGCUAAAUAAGGAAUAAGUUCCAAAAUGUUAUGUUGUUAGGGCAUAUUGCUUUGAGCUAAAUAAGGAAUAAGUUCCAAAAUGUUAUGUUGUUAGAGCAUUUACUUCGAUGUAGUGCUAUCAGUGUAAUAAGUUCCGCCCGAUAAUAGUGUCCAUUAGAACACAGAUCCGACUCUUGUAUCUCAACAAGCCCAUAUCUGACACUGUAUAAUCUAGGGGUGAGCAACGGUUGGUUUGGGCGGUUUUUUCACAACAAAAAAUCCAGAAUUCGGUCUUCGGUCUGGAUUGGUGCAAUCCAAAAACCGACCAAACCAAACCAGUUUAAAAAAAAACCGACCGUUUUGGACCGCGGUUUGGUCGGUUAAACCGACCAAACCGAAUAUUUUUUUUUUUUUUUUUUUAGUUUUAGUUAAAAAAUUAAAAAUUUUGGAUUGUUGGAAUCCAUUUUUGUGCGUUUUUAAAACAUAAAUAUA